CAGUUUUCCGUCUUUGCUGCACGGUACAAGGAGUUUGCAUGUUGUACCUAAAUUGUACCAUAGUGAAAGCUCUUCCUGCAACAACUCAACACGGGAGAUGAAGAGCAUUGGUUGGCACCAGGCAGAUUGUAAGCAGCUCUUCAGACAGAUUAAACCACCUCAAAGCAGUUUUAUCCAGAGGGGGACGUUUGAAAGAGUAAAUAGAACAAUUUGUGAUGUCUCAUUGUUUGCUGUCUAAAUAGAAGGGAUAAAUUUGUGGUGUAAACUGGACCUAUAGGUCUCUGUAACUGAAGGACUUGCUGAUUUACUUCACAUCCCUACACCCAGUAUCUUGGCAAUUGGCUCACAUUGAGUUUCACAUUUUAGCUUAUUUAAUAGAAAUUCUUUACACAUGGCUCAUCUGAAGGAUUUGCAGCAUGAACCUGCUGGUCUAUGUUUAUAAGAAAAUAAGGUGAAGUCCUCAUCCUGUUGCAGUUGGACCUUGUCUGACACUUGUGGUUGUAUCUAGCAGCCUUGGUUGAAGAACUGGCUGUUUUCCUUUCUUAAAACCCUGUUUUUGUGAUGGUUCCUGAGCGGUAUGUUAGGCUCAGAAGUUUGUGAUGUCAUCUCUGACCCCACCCUGCGAGGGCGACUGCUCAACAGCCAGAUUUUUUGUCGGUGCCCGAGAUGAUGAGACAGACUUCCUGGAAUCAAACAUGAAUCCAGAAGAAAUUGAUUUCUAUGAGGAAGAUGAAGAUGAGGAAGAAACGCCUCCCGAGCGCCAAAUUAUGGUAGGAAUAUGUGCCAUGAACAAAAAGUCAAAGUCGAAGCCCAUGACUCAGAUCCUGGAGCGGUUGUGCAAGUUUGAGUACAUCACUGUAGUGAUUAUGUCUGAAGAGGUCAUCCUUAAUGAGCCUGUUGAAAAUUGGCCCAUUUGCGACUGCCUAAUAUCUUUCCAUUCAAAAGGAUUCCCUCUGGAUAAAGCUGUCAACUAUGCGAAACUACGCAAUCCGUUUCUAAUCAAUGACUUGAACACACAGUAUUUUAUCCAAGAUAGGAGGGAAGUGUACCGGAUUCUGCAGCAAGAGGGAAUAGAUCUACCUCGUUAUGCUGUACUUAAUAGAGACCCUGAUAAGCCAGAAGAGUGUAACCUGGUGGAAGGCGAAGACCAGGUAGAAGUGAAUGGGGUAGUUUUUCCAAAACCAUUUGUAGAAAAACCUGUCAGUGCCGAAGACCAUAAUGUGUAUAUCUACUAUCCUACCUCUGCUGGAGGCGGCAGUCAGAGGCUUUUCAGAAAGAUCGGCAGCCGUAGUAGUGUUUACUCUCCAGAGAGCAGUGUCAGAAAAACUGGCUCUUAUAUAUAUGAAGAAUUUAUGCCAACUGAUGGUACUGAUGUUAAGGUAUACACUGUUGGCCCAGAUUAUGCCCAUGCAGAGGCUCGAAAAUCUCCUGCUUUGGAUGGUAAAGUGGAACGUGACAGCGAGGGUAAAGAGAUCCGUUAUCCUGUAAUGCUAACUGCCAUGGAGAAACUGGUUGCACGGAAAGUCUGUCUAGCUUUUAAGCAAACGGUCUGCGGCUUUGACUUGCUACGAGCUAAUGGUCACUCGUUUGUCUGCGAUGUCAAUGGGUUUAGUUUUGUGAAGAAUUCAAUGAAAUACUAUGAUGACUGUGCUAAAAUAUUGGGGAAUAUCAUCAUGAGGGAAUUGGCUCCACAGUUUCAGAUUCCCUGGUCCAUCCCAACAGAGGCUGAGGAUAUUCCUAUAGUUCCGACCACCUCCGGCACCAUGAUGGAGCUACGAUGUGUAAUAGCAGUGAUUCGUCAUGGAGAUAGGACACCAAAACAAAAGAUGAAGAUGGAAGUCAGGCAUUCCAAGUUCUUUGAGUUAUUUGAUCAUUAUGAUGGUUAUAAGACAGGAAAAUUAAAACUGAAGAAGCCAGAACAGUUACAGGAGGUGCUGGACAUUGCCAGACUACUACUAGCAGAAAUUGGGACACACAACGACUGUGAGAUAGAAGAACGGAAAUCUAAAUUGGAGCAACUGAAAACAGUCCUCGAGAUGUACGGACAUUUCUCUGGUAUUAAUAGGAAAGUGCAGCUAACCUACUUGCCCCAUGGGCAUCCUAAAAGCUCCAGUGAGGAAGAUGAUGGUAGGAAAGAUGUCCCCUCAUUACUACUUGUCCUAAAAUGGGGUGGUGAAUUAACACCAGCAGGACGUGUCCAAGCAGAAGAGCUGGGACGAGCAUUUCGUUGUAUGUACCCAGGAGGGCAAGUGGAUGGUAACAUCCCGGCAUUGGGCUGUAGCUCUCCUAUUGAUUCCGGAGACUAUGCUGGCUUUCCAGGCUGUGGACUCCUUCGUUUACACAGCACCUACCGACAUGAUCUUAAGAUAUAUGCAUCAGAUGAGGGGCGGGUUCAGAUGACGGCAGCUGCUUUUGCAAAGGGACUCCUAGCCUUGGAAGGGGAACUGACACCUAUCCUGGUUCAGAUGGUAAAAAGUGCAAACAUGAAUGGUUUGUUGGAUAGUGACAGUGACUCUCUCAGCAGUUGCCAGCAAAGAGUGAAAGCUCGGCUCCAUGAAAUCAUGCAAAAGGACAAGGAGUUCACUGAAGAGGACCAGGAAAAACUGGCUCCAACACAAAGUUCUUCUCUAAUCAACUCAAUGGAAUGUAUCAAAAAUCCAGUGAAGACAUGCGACCAGGUCUUUUCACUCAUUGAAAGUCUUACGUCUCAGAUUCAGAAACGUUUAGAAGACCCCAAAUCUGCAGAUCUACAGUUAUACCACAGUGAAACUCUGGAGCUUAUGCUGCAACGCUGGAGCAAGUUGGAGCGGGAUUUCCGCAUGAAGAAUGGGCGUUACGAUAUUAGCAAGAUCCCAGAUAUCUAUGAUUGUGUGAAAUAUGAUGUUCAACAUAAUAGCUCAUUAAAAUUGGAAGGGACAGAUGAACUCUUUAAGAUUUCCAAGUCGCUUGCUGAUGUUAUCAUUCCACAGGAAUAUGGGAUUAACAAAGAAGAGAAGUUGGAGAUAGCAGUGGGCUUUUGUUUUCCACUUAUUAAGAAGAUCCAGUUAGACUUACAAAGAACCCAUGAGGACGAGUCUGUAAACAAACUUCACCCCCUCUAUUCCAGAGGAGUUCUGUCUCCUGGUCGUCAUGUGAGAACAAGAUUAUACUUUACCAGCGAAAGUCACGUGCACUCUUUGCUGAGCAUCUUUCGGUAUGGAGGACUCUUAGAUGAAUCAAAUGAUCAACAAUGGAAGAGAGCCAUGGACUAUUUAUGUGCUGUCUCAGAGCUGAACUACAUGACACAGAUUGUGAUUAUGCUUUAUGAAGACAACAAUAAGGACCCAUCCUCAGAGGAACGGUUUCAUGUCGAACUUCAUUUCAGUCCUGGAGUCAAAGGCUGUGAGGAAGAUGAAAAAGCCCCCUUGGGAUUUGGGUUUCGUCCAGCAUCAGCAGAAAAUGAAGAUAAGAAAACAGACCAAGGGAGCAUGGAGGAUCUGUCCAAGGUGAAAGGCAGUGAUGAGGUGGACAGGUCCCUGCUGAUGUCUUCAUUGCCUACUGAACAAAUAGUCAUCCAACGUAAAUCACCACUAACCCGUGCCAGGAAAACUGGGUCUAUGGAGGUUCUUUCUGAAACCUCAUCUAAAGCUGGAGGUUACCGUCUCUUCUCCUCCUAUGCCAGGCACCCCUCAGACAUGAAGCAGAGUGGCUUAGGAUCACAGUGCACUGGUCUGUUCAGCACCACAGUGCUAGGAGGCUCCUCCAGCGCUCCAAACCUACAGGACUACGCACGCAGCCACCGUAAAAAAAUCAGCGCCGCUGCCAGCCUGACUUACAAAGACGAACUGUUGUCUAUGCCAGCUGUAAAGCGAUUUUCUGUGUCGUUUGCAAAGCAUCCGACUAAUGAAUGUUUGGAAGACCAAGAGGUCGCCCAGCUGCUGCGCCGUUUUUCUUCUGAAAACCCCCAGUCUCGGAACAUCUAUAUGGAUGGGGCCAUGGCCCAUCAUCUGCACCAGUGCUACUACCACCUUCGCCUCUUCAAGAACUGGCUGAUCUCGGGCCAGGAAGAUUUGGAGUGCCUCUACGGUUUUGAGGGCUGCUCUAUGGUCCCCACAAUCUACCCGCUAGAGACCUUGCACAAUUCUUUGUCUCUCCGACAAGUCACUGAGUUUUUAACUACUGUAUGCAAACAGUUUGGCGAUUCCCAUUCUAGAGGAUCUGCAGCUGGGUGUGAAUCCAUGACUAGCCACUCUUCGGAAGCUUAUUUACCCAACAGAAUACUGUCAUCUUCAUCACUUCCUCUGCGACAACGCUCAGAGAGACCACCCUGGUACAGCAGUGGGCCUUCCAGCACCGUGUCAAGUGCAGGUCCUUCCUCUCCAACCACUAUAGAUCUUUCUGCACGUUUUAAUUUUAAUGAUAAAAUAACACUCAGUGAAGAUCAGCGGAAAAAAAUAAACCUAGAGGAUGUCGUCCAGGCUCAGCAAUCAGCAGGAGAAAAUUCCCCCAACAGUCAGGGUGUGUGUAAGGAGGCGGCUGUUUUGGAAGAAUCAUUAUGCAGUGAGCUUAAAUAUCUUACACAGCCAGCUUCUGGUGAGGUAGCAGCCGCUAUAUGUCCAUGUACAGAAGAUCAAAUGCACUAUGGUGUACAGCCCCCCGGAGAGGCAUCAUUUCCAGAUCAGGAGCAAGCUAAAGGAUCUUACUCAAUCCAAAAUGGCAAAACUGAUCAUCAAAUGCAAACCAGAGAAGAGUUACCUUUAGGAGAACAGAUGGUAACAGAAUUAAUGCUGCCAGGUGCCGAGACAGUACUGUAAGUUAUUCAUGGCAGGCCAGUGCACUAUAUAUUUGGUACUCUAAAAAAAAAUACUUUAAAAACAAAAAAAAUCACAACACCUUGUUUACAUCUAAACUGGAAUUUUAAUGGCCUUACCAGUUGUCUUACACUAAAAGUUUCAUCAAAAUAACUUGCGUCGGAUUCAGUGUCUAUGCUUUUCUUCGCUUGAUGACAGUUUACUGUUCAUUUGACUGCAAGGGUUAAAGGACAGGGUACUUUUUGCAUUCAUUAUGACCACUCAGAAUAAAGGAACACUUGACUCAAAAUAUUGCAUAGUGGUUCAGGCAUCGGCGUUGGCUGUAUCUGUCAUCUUCUGGAUUUAUUUAUUAUUGGAUAGUGCUGUUGCAUACCACAUCUGUUACCAAUGUGCUAGUCAGCUGUAUCUGACAGGAAAUUAAUUUGCCAACUGAAAUUCAUUUUCAAUAAAUGAGUGGCCCUUGAUUAAUUGUUUGUCUUUCAGAGAUUUGGUAGCCAAAAACAGUAUGGAUUAUCUUCCCCCUGUGGAUUUGACAGCAUGAAAAAAACAUGUAACCAACUCAAGACUCACUAUUUGUUGUGUGCACUGUGUUAAAUACACAAGUUCUUUAUACAAAGGGAAAUCAGUUGGCUGCUUCUUAAGACUUUUCUCAAAACUCUCAGGCGUGAAGAAUAAUAGUCAUACAUUACUUUUUUUUCUUCUUCUUUUUUACAUGUUUUUGUUAUUUAGCCCAUUUGACAUUUCCUCCUGGCAUCAGUGGGAGUCUUGAUACUAUGGCUCACCAGACAUGAAUUACAAAAGAGGAUAUUUACAAAGAAAUGGCAUAAACAUCAACAGAUGCACUGUUUUAACUAAAAACUACUGAGCAUUUAUAUUGUUUUUCAUUUUCAGUCAAAGUAUUGUGCACUCUAGAAUGCAAACAACUAUUUCUGUACAUGCCAUCUUCAGAAAUCUUCAUGGCAUUAUCUAAUUAUCAGUGCUUUACGGUUGAUAUGAAAUUGCUUAUAAUUAUAAAAAAAAAUUCUCAUUUGAGAUUUAGACUACAGGGAUACAUUGUUCAUUUGUUAGGAUCAGCAUAUUUUCUUCUUCAGUUUUUUAAAAAUGAUACCCAUGAUUUAUAUUAUGCCAUCCUAGACCCAAUCCGAGUUUAGCCUGGAUAUUUUCACUUAUCUGAGCGAUAAGCUUUCUCUCUUUUUUUUUUUUAUUUUUGGAUUAAGAAUAAUGUAUGUAUUUUUAUAUUGUGGAAUAGUCAUUUCUUGAUAUUGUUCUACAACAUGUGAACAUUUAAAAAGGAAAAAAAAAGCGAAGAAAUGGUAAGAAUGUGAUAAUUGUUUGGAGGACCGCUACCAAACAGUGCUCAAAUACUUCAGCUAAACGAAUAUGGCCUCUUGCACUAAGCUGAAAAAGAGACCCUGGUGAAACUUUACACACACUGCAAGACUUCUUAUACAGAUUAAGGACUUAAAAUAUUUAAACCAGUUUAUUCCUAUAAAGACCUCUCUGGGUGACCACUUUCUCCUGCCAUUUUAUAGAACUGAUCACUAUUUGCCAGAAUUUCAGUCCAUCAAAUUUUAAAAUAUUGACGACUCCUGUAGUAACUGUGGGUUAGGCUAAUUUGCACAUGUUUUUAUGGUAUUGUAAAUUGUGCCAGAAUGUUAUUAAUUAGAAAGAUAUUUACACUGAGAAAGGUUAAGUAGCCAUGGGUAAAGUUCAUCCUACACACAAUAUGAUUGUAGGGAGAGCACACUGCCAAAAGGAUAAAUCUUUUGGUUUUUAAAAGCUUUAUAUCAAUAAAUAUUGUAAAGUCAUUUGUGGCAUUUAAACAUUUUUUUGUUUAAAUGACACAGAAUGCAUUGUAGUUCCAGUAAAAAUACUUGAAUACUUUUGCUGCAAUGGGAACCUGAUUACUCUUAAUCAGGUUCAGGGACUAGUUUUAGACAAAACCAGAUUUAGGUGCCAAAAGACAAUGGAGGAGCUCAAAUACUCUGUUUUCAUGAGUAAUGCUUCCCAUUGCUGAUUUAGCAGGAGGAACUUUCGGAUCACUAAGUAAAUGGCUUCAUGAUCUGUGAAAUAUGCAGUACACACUGGUGUGCAGAUCAGAGCCAUUUUGUUUGCUCAGUAAUCUUUAGAUUAACUUUAUUGAUAGUGACCACUUAACAAACACAGACGCAUCCUGUAUGUUGUAAGCAGUGGCAAAUUAUGGCUACUGGUUUUAAAACAAGGACAUCUUUCUAUGGAAAUUUUAAGUUUGUUCUCUAUAAUCUUAAAUAAACAUUUUAGCAAUGAACUAUAUAUAAAAAAAAAUCUACUGGUGACAAAGGAAUAUGAUUUUAAAAACUUGAUUAGCAUACAGUCAUAUAAUAUAAAAAAAAUAGUUUAUUAUUACUACAGAAAUAAAGAUUUCCUGUAAAAUCAGAAGCCUUAAGUAUUGCUGUUAAGAACUGCUAUUUGAUGUACUAAAUAUUUUAAAAUAGCCUAGCAAUUACAAAUUAAACUAGAUUAAUCUAUAUUAUAUCAAAAGUAUCUGUGUAAAAAGUGUUUUAAUUUAUUUAUUUAUCUAUUAUACACAGAUAAUACAGCACUGUGCUGCAAACAGAAAUUGUCUACUUAUAAUAUAUCCAUGUUUGUGAUGUGAGGAAGUAUUGUUUGAGGACAUUCAUAAGUGACUGACUGACUACAUUUUUAUUUUUUUAGAUCCCACCUAAGCUUUGGUUUUGAAAAUAAUUGUAAAGUGGAGUUUGUAUAUUAGCUUGUUAACGUUUCUGUAAUGUAAUGUUCUCUUGCCAGAGCUUCUUGUUCAAGUUGUAUGUGUGUUUAUUUCUUGUUUUCUGCUGUUUUUUGUUUUGUUUUUUUGGAUUCUGGAUUCAUGAAUUGGUGAGUACAAAACUUAAAAAUAAAAUAAGGGGUAUAGAGUUGAUUUGUAGAAA